UUUGGAGUUGCUUGGAAACCAAGGCCCAGCCUGCUCUGGGCUCCUCUGGGAAGCAGUGCACAGCCCGGACAGGCAAGUAACUUUGUAAAGUCACUUGAAAUGUCUAACUGCUUGAUUUUAUGUCUUUAUUUUCAAAUUCCCAUCAGUGAGCGAGAGAAACGACUAAAAGCCUUGUCUAGGCCCACUGAUGGAAUAUGAACAUUUUAUAUUAAGGCUUGAUUUCUCCUGGACUCCUCUAUAAACAUGUUAAAGGACAUGAGAAACCCUGGUACUCCUAGAAGGCAGAAAAAGCAAGAGUAUCCAAUGCAGGAGGAGAGGCUAAACACUGUGAAGCUGAACCAACUGUAUAACGACAGACUGAAGGCUCUUACCUUGUUUCCCACUCAGCCUGAUCCUACUUUUCAGAUGAAAGAACCCCCUCCCAGAGGAACAUCCACUGCACAAGACAGAAGUGAUCUGAAGAAAGAGAUUGAUGAAAGUAUUUUCAAAGAUGAUACCUACAUGGCUCCUAUACCGUCAUUCCUGGAUGCUACACACAUUCCAGGUAUUCAGCCAGAUGCUGUUUGUGAGCUAGUGAAAAGGAGGCUGAAUACAACCUUAGCACUAAACAUUGGUUCUAAAGAAGUGCGGCAAGUAUUUGAGGAAAUUAUUCUCAGUGAAGUGAAAGUGUUCUGUGACACCAUGCCACAUGUUAUGUGCACCGGAUCCUUUACUACAAGGGAAAAGCAACACUUAUAUCGCCGUCUAAUCACACAUAUAUUGAUUGUCUCUGAACAUCUCUUCGUACACUACUUGCAGAAUCUGGAGCUGAAUAAAUCACAAUCUGUUUUUUCAGAAGAAGCCAAUUUAAUACGUUUUAAAGCACAAUUGUUACUUGACUGCUCCAAAUUCUUUAAUGUGAUUUCCAUCAGACAGCAUUUAAUCAAUGAGAUUAAUGAAUUAAAAGGCAAAGAAGAGCUUCUCAAAGAGUCAAACAAAGUAUGCAGCAAUAUUGAUUUACAGUACCCAGGACAGAAGCAUGGCAGGACCUUUAACCUCAGAAGUUCCUACUCACCUUUCACCAUGAAAUACUUUAUAAGAUUUGGCCGACCAAAAGAUGUUGUUCCUAAACCAAAAAGAGAAACAGACCUAAUACAGAUUAAGAACAUUCAACAUCUGAACCUAAAAGAAGUAUAUAAACUGAUCCCUAGACAAGAGGACUUUUGCAGCCCUGCAGGGCCUGUGCAAUGUGAAACAGUAUCAACACCUUGUCCAUUCACACUGUCAGAGGAACAGGACAAAAAAGAGAAAGAGAGUCACAAAACAGUCAGCAAUUUAAAGAAAUCUCAUUCAUGCAUUGACCUGAGACCUGGGGACCUGCUGGCUGCUGAAUUGGGCAUUGCCUUAAAGCCACGUGCUUCAGAGUGCCCAGAGCUUUGCUGCAAAGGAGAAACACAGACUGCUAAAGGGAAUGAUUUGUCCGAGGAUCUCAAAAGGCUGAUGAGAAACUCAUUGUUGCCAAGUUUAGAAAAUAGGGAAGAGAACAAUCCGGAUGAUGACAUUCCUCCUUUAAUAAAAGCUUUAACACAUGGUAGAGUGAAUCUAACCAAACUAAGCAAAAUGGAAGAGUUACUAAAGGAUUUAAACGAAAGACAGAAGAAAGUAAAGGAACCUCGGAGGACACAAGCAUGUCUUCACCCUCAGGCCUCGUCAAUUGAUGUCCACAUUCCUAACAAACCAAUAUUGAGAAGAGCUGAUGUUCAGGCCUCCCAAAGGGUUUUUAUCAACCUUACAGACAUUAAACCAUAUCCCCCUGUGUACAAUGAUUUCUUAUCAGAGAUUGAAAGUGUCUCAGUCAAAAGACUGGAUCAGAGUCUCAGUGUUGGAAGUGAACUUGAAGAAGUAUAUGGAGAGCUGAUUAAUAAUAUUUCAACUGAUCACCUAAAGUUUGAUCAGGAUUUAUUAACAGAGCCUCAUGCUGUAAGCUUGGAUUUCUCUAAAUGUGUAUCAUCAGCCACACUAACCAAGAGAAAAAAACAGCGUGUGAUCAACAAACAACUGGACUCUCUUGCCCCCUAUAACAGUUCAGAACAACCCUUAACUCUGGAUAAGGAAGUUUCCAUGACAAGUGACUCCUGGCUUGUUUGGUGGAAAUCAGCCAUCAGUUCCGAGGACUACAUGACCUAUUUACACUCUCAGAACUUGGACUACUUGAAAGUGAUCUACCAUUUAUAUAAUAAUGAUUCUGAAGAUGAAGAAGAAGAUAAAAUUGCUUUAAUGAAGGAAAAAGAACAUCAGAAAAGGGAACAAGACAAAAGACGUGCAGAAAUCCAAGAACUGAAGCAAAAAUAUACACCUGGCAUGUGGAACAUUAAUAGUGUCAUGCUCGGUGGCCUUGGGAGAGAUCCUGUUGUUGAAGGUAUGGAACAUGACACAAUGGAAUCUGUGUAUCAGAAAAAAAUAGAUGCCAUAUGGAAUUCAUUACAUAUUCCUGAAGAGCAGAGAUUGGAUAUGGCGAUUAAAUACAGUUUCAGUGAAUAUAGAGACAUUUUGCCACAGGCAAUAAGCCAGUGGGAAAAGGUAACAGAACUUAUCAAGAAGAGGGAAAAGCUAUUGGCAGAACUAGAGACGUUUGAAAGAACAGCUUCUGACCCCAACAGAUUCUUUCAGAAAGGCUACAAUGGAACAUCUAUGGCGAGACUGAAAGAGUCUAAGGAAAGAGAAAAGUUGCACGCUCUGUUGUCUAAUAUUGAUAGUAAAGUGCUUGAAGUAUUACAUGUCAUACAGAAGACAUAUAAUGAUCAAGUCAGUUUUAAAGGUAGACCUUACAAUGAAAAACUGCACUGGGACAAAACAGAAAUGCUCUACUGGCUGCAGCAUGGUCGCAAUAAAAGUUUAUUUGAGAAGGAUAUCCAAAAAGAUGAAAUAAUUUGAAAACACAGAAAUACUAAAAUAUGUUUCUAGACCAGUAAAUAAACCGGAACUCAAUGUUAAAACUCACCAGUUUUAUAUUACGAUACAUAUUUGUUAAAGGGCAAACAUCAAUUCUCUAUAAGAAUCCCAGAAGACUAUCCAUGAGAUGUGUUUUGGACUAGAAAGCUAGACUAGAGAAUAUGCGGUUGGAUCCCUAUACCAAACUGGUUACAUUUGUGUAUGAAAACCAUUUGUAAUAUUAAGUUAGAUGUGCUGGAAUUUUCACAUUAGUAUUUGCAUUCCAUUAUUAUGUUACAAGAGAUGAUGAAUCUACAGUAUAUAAAUAAAUAAUAACAUACAUUCCUUCCUGGAAUCAUGUUGAUAUUGCAGCAACCUUACAGUCAGAUGCUUUUGAGCAUGCAUUCAUGCUAAUGUUUUCAGAAGCAAUGGGGAUGCGCAUCUCUUUAAAUCUCCUGCCUAAUUUCCAGUGC